AUGAAUCUGCCAUUCUCAUUCAUUCACUUUGGAAUUUACGACUCGCUGAAAGACGCCGUCAAUCCCCAAAAUACAUACUCCCCGUCGACGAACGCUCUUUGCGGAGCAGUCGCUGGUGGAGUCGCAGCAUUCGUCACCACCCCGCUUGAUGUUAUAAAGACUGUUCUCAAUACUCAAGAGGGAAAACUCGCGGCCGCAGGUGUUAAUUGUGAUCCUUGUCCCACGGAGUGCUCGACAAGAAAAUUAUCAGGAGGAAGUUAUGUUGGUAGUUGGCAAGAAGCUGUAUAUAAAAUCAGAGAAAUCAACCCAGGCGAUCCAGUGCGUCCCUUUUUCCGCGGCUGUUGGGCACGAGUGAUCACGGCAGCGCCUGGUUGUGCACUUUCAUGGUUGGCGUAUGAAUUUAUGAAGACGUUAUUGAAUUCGGAGAACUCGCAGCAGAGGGUGGAUACAAGUAUUUCAGUGGAGAAGACGAAAACGCCGGCUACAGUUGGAUCUUUUUAA